AUGCCUAGAAGAAAGUCUGCUGGAACUGCUGUCGGAUCUGGAAGUGCAUCAUCGGGGGUAACGUCUUUUUUUUCUACUCCAGAAUAUCUCAUAAUUCCACCAUCUGUGGAUCAUCACACAUUAUUGGAACAAUCUAGGAGAGGUGAUUUAAAUUCAGUAAAAAGUCUUCUUCAAAAUAAUCCUAGUUUGAGUGUUAAUUAUGGAGAUGGAAGAUUUGUAUAUUACGGAAUGACACCUUUAAUGUGGGCUUGUGAUAGUGGACAUGUUCAUAUAGUUAAUUAUUUACUUUCAGUUCCAGGAAUUGAAAUUAAUCGUGUUGAUGAAAUUACUGGACGAACUGCUUUGCAUUAUGCUGCCAUUAGAAAUUAUAAGGAAAUUUGUGAAGUAUUAUUGAGACAUGGAGCAGACAAGAAUAUUAAAACUUCUCUAGGAAGUGAUGCUGAAGAAAUGGCAAUUGCAAGAGGUCAAAUUGAAGCUGCCAGUGCAUUCAAAUAA